AAUGAAGCCCUUAUAGAUGCUCACUUUCUUGUGGUGGGAGAAAAGAUCUUUCUCUCUCUUCUCUCUCUCUCUCUCUGCAAAACCCUCGUUCGUGUUCGCGUAGUUUUCAAUCGACCUAGAAAAAUGGCCAACAGUAAUCUUCCCCGAAGGAUCAUCAAGGAGACUCAGCGUCUGCUGAGUGAACCUGCUCCGGGAAUUAGUGCUUCGCCAUCCGAAGACAAUAUGCGUUAUUUUAACGUGAUGAUCCUUGGCCCCACGCAAUCUCCUUAUGAAGGAGGAGUUUUCAAAUUGGAACUAUUUUUGCCAGAAGAAUAUCCAAUGGCUGCUCCCAAGGUUCGAUUUCUUACCAAGAUUUAUCAUCCUAACAUUGAUAAGCUUGGUAGGAUUUGCCUUGAUAUUUUGAAAGACAAAUGGAGUCCUGCUCUCCAAAUUCGAACUGUACUUUUAAGUAUACAAGCACUUCUUAGCGCCCCAAAUCCAGAUGAUCCCCUUUCUGAGAACAUUGCUAAGCAUUGGAAAACUAAUGAGGUUGAGGCCGUUGAAACAGCAAAGGAAUGGACCCGUUUGUAUGCAAGUGGUGCGUAAAGAUAAAUGGUGGAUACUUUUUCUCCCCUCAAAUAACAAUAUUGCAACCUAUGUUAUUAACUGUCAGUUUAAAAGAAAAACUGAGAAUUGAUGCUUGAAAAGGGUGGAGUUUAAAUGUUCUCAAAAUCACCCUAGUUAUUAUUGGCUGUCAAUUGUUUUUACCGUUUUGGAAUCCAUGUCUCUGUAACUUGUAUGUUUAGGUAAAAUUAAUUACUCUUUCGUUCUCUCAAAAAGAAACGUGGGCAUCAUUUUCCACCAA